UCCUCUGCGGCUUUUCGCGCUCAGAAAAUCAUUUGGCCAUGGAGCUCAACUCAAAUAAUGCCUCAGAGACUCUGUUGAAUCAGUUGAGAAGUGGAAAGGCCAGGUUCGAGAUUGUUGAUCAGUUUCCUCAUCCCCUUGUUGAGAAGCCAAUAGCCAGAAUCUCCUCGACAUUAUUGAACUGUUCCCGGUUCUUUGCUAGAAUUGAAUUUCCAUUGCAUGGGACAACGCAAGCAACGAAGAAAGUUGAGCAUCAUGCCAUCCAGAAAGUCACUGGAGAUGGACGUUGUUUGUUUCGGGCCCUGGUAAAAGGCAUGGCCAUUAACAAGGGACUCACACUUAACCCAAGUGAUGAAAGAGAUGAUGCAGAUGAGCUUCGAAUGGCUGUGAAAGAAAUUAUAUGUACGAGCAAUAAUGAACGGCAUCUAUAUGAAGAAGCAUUGAUAUCAAUUACUGUUGAACAAUCUCUGAAAAGGUACUGCCAGCGGAUUGAACAUUCAGAUUUCUGGGGAGGAGAGUCUGAACUAUUGGUCUUGUCGAAGCUAUGUUGCCAGCCAAUUGUCGUUUACAUACCAGAACAUGAGCAUAGAAUGGGGAGAUGGGGAAAUGGUUUCAUUCCCAUUGUUGAGUAUGGAGCUGAGUAUAUGAAGGCAUCCAAAGGUGGUAAACCCCGAAAGGUUGUCAGGCUGUUAUAUACAGGUGGAAGUCACUAUGAUCUUCUCAUUUGAGAUGUAAUUUAUGUAUGUAUUACUCUCACUUAUCAGAGGCUUUAACAUUUAUACUGUCUCGCUCUUUAGAGCUUCCUAUAAUUUGGGAGUUCAAUUCUCUGAGCGUUAUCUCCACCUUUUGGGGAUCUUGAUAACUGGUUUUUCAAGGAUUACUCUAUGAUACAGGACUCAUCUUCUUGAUCUCUACAACUUUUCUUAGAA